AUGGCUAGCAAGGCGGAGAAAAAGUUAGCAGCGGACCUUCUGACGAGACGACGAGCAUGUGCCGAACGAGAUGUGGUGGAGAAGUUCGUAGCGGAUUUCACCUAUGAACGGGAUUGUUGCCAGGUUGCGGUACGUUUGGAGGCGCUCAACAAGUGCAACGAACUCUUCUUGAACGUGCAAAACGACAUCGAGAUGGGUGACAGCGAAGAACGGUUCGAGACACAUCUGGAGUUCCGGACGGAUUUCGAGGAUCGGUUUUGCAGAGCGAAAGGUUUUUUGUUGUCAAAGUUGGAAAGCAGGGAGCAUCUUCUGAGUUCGACGAUCAUGCACGCAUCGACUUCUCAUAGCAUGUCUUCCAGUUUCCAUCAUCGGCUGCCUAAAAUCGAUCUACCGAAGUUUAGCGGGGAUGAAUCGCGAUGGAUAUCAUUUCGCGACAACUUCAUUUCGAUGAUCCACUGCAACGAGGACAUACCGAUCGUCAACAAGCUGCAGUACCUGUUGCAGUCGCUGGAAGGAGAGGCAAGAAAACCGUUCGAGUCUGUGGAUAUCCAAGCCGAUAACUAUGCGUCGACGUGGGACGCAUUGAAAAAGCGCUACGACAACAAGCGAUUCCUCAAGAAGGAGCUGUUUCGAGGCCUGUACAAUCUUCCACCGAUCGAGUAUGAGUCAGCUCAAGACCUCAACACACUAGUGGAUGAUUUUCAGCGACACGUCAAGGCUUUGGGAAAGUUGGGCGAACCGAUUGAGCAUUGGGACACUCCGCUCAUCUUCAUCCUUUUAAACAAGUUGGAUUCGGCGACGAUUCGUGCAUGGGAGCAAGAUACUCGACAGAAGGACGAGGUGAAAUACGAAGAGCUCAUCGAGUUUCUCAUCCACCAGGUCCGGAUGUUGAAAUCCGUGGACAGCGAUCUCCAACAUCGUUCCUCAGUGCCUACCGUUUCCAAGGUGGCCGGACAAAUCCCGAAGAAACCAGUUCCCAUCCGAUCUGUCGUGAACACAGCUACUUCCGAAACUCAAUCCAGCACUUCGCCAUGCCACUGUUGCCUGAGACAACAUCCAUUGCACCAAUGUCCAGCAUUUCAGCACCUGUCAAGCUCCCAACGGCGAGAGCUUGUGACACAGCACAGCCUUUGCUGGAAUUGCUUCCGCGUGAACCACCAGGCAAGAUCCUGUAAAUCAAAGUUCCUGUGUAGGAUUUGCCAAGCGAAGCACCAUACUAUGUUGCACGACCAAGCAGCACCACCGAACGAGUCCUCAUCCGAGAGAUCACAAGCCACACAAGCGAAUCCAGGCCCCGAUAGAUCGCUUAGCCCUCCAACAGUAAAUCUAUCCGUGCAUUCAAAUUCAACCGUUCUCUUGGAGACAGUCUCGCUGUUAGUAGUCGACCGAUACGGCAGAAAGAUCCAAGCACGAGCUCUACUUGAUUCUGCAGCGAUGUCAAAUUUCAUCACCAAGAAGCUGGCGAACGAACUCGCCACCCGCCAAAGCCCCGUGGACAUCGCAGUUGCCGGAAUUGGAGAGUCAGUCAAGCGUAUCAAGCACAAGUUAGCUGCCAAGAUCAUAUCCAGGAACAGCGACUUCUCCACCACACUCGAUUUCCUCGUCAUGAAGAAACCAACAUCAUAUCUCCCCACAUCCCCGAUCGAUUCAACUGCCUGGAGAAUGCCGAUGGUUCCAUUGGCGGAUCCUCAGUUCAACGUUCCAGCAACAAUCGACAUGAUCAUCGGUGGAGAAUGUUACCAUGAGUUUCACACAGGCGUACGCCACUCCCUUGGUAACGGUCUCCCGUUUUUUGUGGACACCCAUUUUGGCUGGACAGUUUCUGGCAAAGUGGAUUCCAGCUCCACCACCGCACCGCGAGCGUGCUUCCUCUCCACCGUUGAUCAAACCCGAGAAACGAUCCCUGGGGAGUUCCGGCCAAUGGACACCACCGAUGGGAGCCAAAGGAUGGACGUUGAACCCUCCACCACUCAAAUCCACGAUCAAGGAUACUUCACCCACCAUUCCCGGUUCAAGGAUCCACAAACCACCCUUGGAGAUUACGAAACGAAUGCCACACAUCGAAACUCCACCAGAGAUACACACCACAAGAUUCCUGGAAGUAACGACCAAUUCGGAAUAGCGCACCAGAGCGAUCCUGUUGAAGACUACAAACCACACUGCUAUCUGCCAAAUCACCCGGUGCUCAAGGAAGCCAGCAAAACCACCAACGAACGCGUGGUAUUCAACGCAUCCUGUGGGCCCAACUCAGGGUACGCGCUCAAAGAUACGCUGCUCGUCGGUUCCGUCGUUCAACAAAAUUCACUGUCCGCCACCUAUCUAAGCGCCGCUAAGGUCAACGACGAAGGAGAAGACGCUGUCUGUGGAUCCUGCUGCUACGUUGUCCCUUUCGCCACACAGCACUCUGUUACCGCUAUGGAGUACUGUGCACCUGUUCUGCCAACAGAACCGUUCCGGAUACCUCAAUGGUCAAAGUCGCCACAGCAUCGUUGGAGAACUGCCGCUGCUAAACGUACAACUGCUAUCCAGAUUGGUACAGACGGGCCCAGUUGGAGACGCAUGCCGGGAGUGCAAAAUGCAGUCAGCGAACUCUCCAGUAACCUACAGCCGUCCGACUUACCUGCAUGGUGUUACGAUCCGUCGCCGCUGAAAUACCGGCCCUGUUUCGCCACCUUACGGUCACUAGAUCGCCUUGCACAGCUUCAUCCAGGUCGAGAUGGAGUCGUUCCGAUCCUUAGACGUCCUUCAUUCCUCAUCAUCAUCGAGAUCCUUCUACAAAGACCGGCAGAGCACGCCGAAUGUGACUCACUGCGCAUGUCGAGCGCUAAUAGAUCACCAACUAUCGUACAUCGUCGCAGCAUCUCAUGGGCCAUCAUCGAGAACGGCCAACAACAUCGGUAUCAACAGCAGAGUCUUCAAAGAUCGGUAGAGCACGCCGAACGUUGCUCAACGCGCUUAAAGGGCGCUAACAGAUUCUGCACCAGUUCCGAUGUUACGACGAAGUUCUUCGAUGUGCGACGUGUCAACCGUAUCUUCUGGUCCAACCGAAUGAGUUCUCAGCCGAGUGAUCACCCGGGUCCCACUAUCGAUCCCUAG